AUGGCUCAUCUCCCCUUCUUCUCUUAUGAUGGGUACGGCAAAGAUGUCGAGCCCGUGUUUCACUACUCGCAGGCUGUCAAACGGGGCGACAUUAUCGAGAUAUCCGGGCAAGGCGGCUGGGACCCUAAAACCCACGCGGUCGAUCCGGACAUCAAUAAGCAGAUAGAUCAAGCGUUUGAGAAUGUCCAGCUGGCCCUUGUCACCGCCGGUGGACAAGGCUGGGUCGAGGUCUACAAGAUCCGAGCCUACUUUACAAACCUAGACGACCCGACCCACAUCGACGCGUUCGUGAGGAACAUGCGCAAGUGGCUGCCGGGUCACAAACCCUUAUUGACGGCGGUGGGUGUCAAGGUGCUCGCGUUCGAGAAUAUGAAGGUGGAGAUUGAGGUUGCGGCGGAGACCAAGUCUGCGGCGUAG